UUGAACAGUAUAUGCUCUGUCCUUUUUUAGAUAUGUUUUUUUAUAAACAAUAAAUAAAAUACAAGAUUGUUUAGAAUAGAAAUGUAAUUGUGUAUCACUUAAAUAAAUGUGAUAAUAUUGUGUUUUAAUUAAUGUCAUGUCCAAAUUUUUAGAUGUAGCAGUUGAAUGUAUUCGUGAAAUUGUCGACAAUAAUCGAUGUGGCGUUUGUGACAAGUCAAAUGGACUACGUCAAAGGUACACCUGCGGGUUUUCUGUUUGUGAGACCUGUGCGUCUGAAGUACAGGAAUGUAUACAGUGCAUGACUAUUACAAACUCCACUCCAUGUAAAUCUUCAGUCCCAGAUAAGCAUCUGUCUCAAAAAGUAGAAAAUAUAUCACAGCUUCUAAAUGUGUUUCAAGAAAUCUUCAACACAGAUGUGUACAGGAGACAUAGAAUAUCUGAACAGCUCAAAGUUGAAAAAGAAGUAUUUCCUAAAUGCAUACAAGCACCUAUAAAAUAUUAUAACAAACAAAAAAGUAUUAAUACUUCAUUAAAUAAUAAGGAAAACAGAAGACAGACUGUAUAUCGUGGGGAAACUAUAUCCUAUAAAAGGAAGUUUAAAAUGGAUAAAACUCAAUAUAUAGAAAAGUGGUUUCAAGAUAAUCAAAUUAAUUCACUACGGAAGCCAUUAUCAGAUUUAAAUAUCAAGAACCAAAAUGUUUCAAAUGAAGUAUAUAAACUUAAUAAUAAUGUUAAUAUUACAUUAAGAGAAGAUAAGUUAAAAAGUCAAAAUAAGAAAACAAAUUUAUCAAGCAACUUAAAAAGUAAAGAAAAGUACAUUAUUACAGAAAAUAAAAGUAGAUCUACUAAUGUAAUUAGUAAGCACAAACCAAAAGUAAGAAAAGGUACUGUUAAUAAAGUGUUAAACAAAAGUAAGAAGCUAAUAUCUGAUAAUUUAAAUCGAUACGAUAAUGAUGAAAGUGGAAUUGUAAUGGAUUAUGACUAUUUUAUUAUAGAGGAUACACCAACUGAAAUUAUUGAUAAAGACAAAGUAGCAUUGCAGGCUGUUGAAGACUCUGAAAAACAAGAACAAUCUCACUAUAUUCCUGAGUUAAAAUCAAUUAACAUUAAAAAUGUGACAGAGAUAAAUAAACAUCUUUCUAAUUGUAGUCACUUUAUAUAUAAGAAAAAUGAUGGUAGUGUUAAUGUGCCAUUUAUUAAGAAGGGACUAUUCUUUGAAUCAUGCAUGUUUUGUAGAUAUGAUUUAAAUAAAACAGAUGCAAGAAAUAGGAACUCAAAUAAUUUUUCAAUUCACAUUGAUAAUGAUAAUUUUGUAGUUGAUGUAAAAGUUUCUAGAAUAGAACACACAAUAAAUAUUAAAGACUCUAUUGCAGUGCAAACUGACAUUAGUGAAAUAGUACAAAUAAAUAAUGAUGUACUUGGUAUUACAGACAAAAAAUUGUGUAGGAAAAGCCAAGACUUAUUUAUAGAUGAGCCAAAUAAAUUUGAUCGUGGAACAGCAUAUAGACAUGAAACUACACCCCUGGAAGAAAAGUUUAAUAGUAGUGAAUAUAAAAAUAAACCACUAAUCCCUGAAAAAAAAAGUUUAAUUAUAGAAGAGUCAGACAGUGACUUAGAUGUGGAUUCAAAAUAUAUUAGUUUAGAUGUCACUGCUGAAGUACAUAGAUCUUGUGAACCAAGGGACUAUGGAAUUUUAACCGAAAUACCUCCAAAUGAUUCUAAUAUAAGAAAAAGAUGUGCAGAGCGUGGAACAACUCCAGGCAGCACAGAUUCUUCUGACAAAGAGAACUAUGAUCCUAAUAGAAACAAAAGACAUAAAUACAGGAAGAAGGAUUUAAAGAAAAAAUAUUGAUAUUAUUUAUUUAAUUAUUAUUACGAUGCUAAAUUAUCUCAAAGCCUCUGUUGUGUCUAUUUUAUGUUUUUGUAAUGUUAA